GUGACAAUGUUAAACGAUCAAAAUUCAGUUGAUUCAUUUUACGAUAGCACCACGUACCAUCUGAAUAAAAAAUGUUUGAUACUAGCUGGUGGCUGGCCUUUUUUAAAUCCAAGAAAAAGAAAAACCAUAUGGCUCGCCAUUAAUUUUUCCUUAUUUAUUGGAUUUGUGGCAGAGAUAAUUUACAUCGGGGAAAUAAUCGAUAGAACGACAGAAGUAAUCAACUGCUUGAUGGUAAUUUUUUGUGCAAUUUUGGCUUUUUGUUUAUCGAUCAAUGGCGCCGUCAAAUCUCACUCGAUGAAACGUCUACUCGAUUCUGUGAGAGAAAAUUGGAAUGAUUUACAGAGCGACGACGAAAGGAAUAUUUUCUCAAAAUACGCUAAUUACGGCAAGAUUUUCACCAUCGGCCUGUCAGUUUGCUACUAUUUGGUUCUAUUGUGUCAAUGUGUAUCGCCACUGAUACCUCCGAUGCUACAUUAUUGCAUCACGGGCAACUGGACUGACCCCGAAAGAAACAUCCUGGAUGUCGAGUUUUUCAUCGAUCCCGUCAAGUACUAUUGGCCAAUUUUCAUUCACGGAGCUACAUCCACCGUAGCGGCGGUUUGGAUGCUUGUGGCUUACGAUCUUUUCUUCGUCGUGGUGGUGCUGCACUGCUGCGGCAUGUUCGCUGUUUUGCGAUACAAAAUCAAACAAAUGGACAUUAUGCUUUAUCGUUAUUCCUACGAUCAGCAGUUGGUCUUGAAAAAAAUUGAGGAGAUUGUGAUGUACCAUCUCAAGUGUCUCGAAUUCGCCCAAAAAAUCGAGGAUUUUUUCUGCAUUCAGUGUAUAAUACAGAUAUUGGUCAAUACAAUCGUGAUAAGUGUAUGCGGAUCGCAGGUCAUACAACUUGCAGAUACGUCUCCACAAGAAUCAUUCAAGUUUGCUUUCGUGGGCGUUUCGGGCACCUUUCGUCUCGCUUUCUUCAAUGUCUGUGGACAAAUCGUGAACGAUCAGAGCCUCAGAGUACACGAUCAAUUAAUCUACACUACUUGGUACGAGUAUCCAAAACGAGCAAGAAAAUUAUUCGUAAUUCUUUACAAUAGAAGCGCCGAGCCUUGCAAUCUUACAGGUGCUAAAAUGGUCAAUCUCAAUCUCGCCACUUAUUCCAUGCUAAUGAAAACUGCUAUGUCUUAUUUCAUGAUGAUUAUCGAAACACAAUAAUAGAUUAAAAAAUGUUUUAUAUUAAAUCAAAGUUCAUAAACACACAUUAAAACUAUUUUACAUUUUAAUAAAGAGUGGGGAGCUGUGUACCUGCAUUUAUCGAAAUAAGUAUGAUGACAAAUCACUCUCGCUUGGCUGCAGAGAUUUGUGUCUUGGAAAAAGCCCACGGAACAUCUUCCAUUUACGUUUGAAGCCAUAAAAUCAUUAUUAUGUUAUUAUUAUGUGUGUUGUUUUUUCUCAAUCUUUGGCAUUAUCCCGGUAACCUUUGACGAGCGAUCAUCUAGAUGUGAUUUUAUUGAAAAUAAUUAUUCAUGAAAAAUCACAUACAAGCAUUCUUAGUUUUCAAGCCUGUGCUCGUCCGUGAGAAAAGCUCUCUCAGGGCAGAGUAGGUUCUCGAGCUCUAUCCGAUUACCUUUAUAAUAGAAUCGUCGACCAAGCAUCGCCCUCGGUCCUUUUUUGAGUUCCCUCCUCUUCUUGUUGUUUUGUCGUUGUGGCACUGCUCGACGCGGCUUGACAUCUCGC